AUGGGGCUCGCCGCCUGCCGCGGGGACGGGCUCCUGUUGAGGGAGCGCCUGGCCGUGCUAGGCCUCGACGAGCCCAGCCCUGCGGAGCCCGGCGUCCCGGCGCUGCGGGCGGCGGCGGCGGUGCAGGGUCGGCGGACGGCGGGAUUGCCACCGGAGGAGCGGGCUCCGCCCGGAAGGCCCGGAACCGCGGAGGAGGCCGAGCUGGAGCUGGAGGAGGAGGGGGAGGACACGGAGCUGGACGGAGACCUGCUGGAGGAGGAGGAGCUGGAGGAGGGCGAGGAGGAGGACCGACCGUCGCUGCUGCUGCUGUCGCCGCCCGCGGCCGCCACCUCCCAGACCCCGUCGACCCCGGGCGGGCCCCUGGGUUCGGUGCUUCUGCCCGCCGCCGGUUUCGAUGCCCGGGAAGCGGCCGCGGCGGCGGGAGUGAUCUACGGAGGGGACGAUGCCCAGGGCAUGAUGGCGGCGAUGCUGUCCCACGCCUACGGCCCCGGCGGUUGCGGGGCGGCGGCGGCCGCCCUGAACGGGGAGCAGGCAGCUUUGCUCCGGAGAAAGAGCGUCAACACUACCGAGUGCGUCCCGGUACCCAGCUCCGAGCACGUCGCCGAGAUCGUCGGUCGCCAGGGUUGUAAAAUAAAAGCACUGAGGGCCAAGACAAACACAUAUAUCAAGACACCUGUUCGUGGUGAAGAGCCCAUUUUUGUUGUCACAGGACGGAAGGAAGACGUUGCCAUGGCCAAAAGGGAGAUCCUCUCCGCGGCUGAGCACUUCUCCAUGAUUCGUGCUUCUAGAAACAAAAACGGCCCCGCCCUUGGAGGGUUGUCCUGUAGUCCUAAUCUGCCCGGUCAGACCACGGUUCAAGUCAGGGUCCCCUAUCGUGUGGUAGGACUAGUGGUUGGACCCAAAGGAGCAACUAUUAAAAGAAUUCAGCAGCAGACCCACACGUACAUAGUAACUCCAAGUAGAGAUAAGGAGCCUGUCUUUGAAGUGACAGGGAUGCCCGAAAACGUUGAUCGAGCACGGGAAGAGAUAGAAAUGCAUAUUGCCAUGCGCACAGGGAACUAUAUCGAACUCAAUGAAGAGAACGACUUUCAUUACAACGGUACUGAUGUAAGCUUUGAGGGUGGCACCCUUAGUUCUGCAUGGCUCUCUUCCAAUCCAGUUCCUCCUAGCCGUGCAAGAAUGAUAUCCAAUUAUCGAAAUGAUAGCUCCAGUUCUCUAGGAAGUGGUUCGACAGAUUCCUACUUUGGAAGCAAUAGGCUCGCUGACUUUAGUCCAACCAGCCCAUUUAGCACAGGGAACUUUUGGUUUGGCGAUGCACUACCAUCUGUGGGCUCAGAAGAUCUUGCAGUUGAUUCUCCAGCCUUUGACUCUUUACCAACAUCCGCUCAAACUAUCUGGACUCCGUUUGAACCAGUUAACCCACUCUCUAGCUUUGGGAGUGAUCCUUCUGGUAACAUGAAGACUCAGCGUAGAGGAAGUCAGCCAUCUACUCCUCGUCUGUCUCCUACAUUUCCUGAGAGCAUAGAACACCCACUUGCUCGGAGGGUUAGGAGCGACCCACCUAGUACAGGCAACCAUGUUGGCCUUCCAAUAUACAUCCCUGCUUUUUCUAAUGGUACCAAUAGUUACUCCUCUUCCAAUGGUGGGUCCACCUCUAGCUCACCUCCAGAAUCAAGAAGAAAGCACGAUUGUGUGAUUUGCUUUGAGAAUGAAGUUAUUGCUGCCCUAGUUCCAUGUGGCCACAACCUCUUCUGCAUGGAAUGUGCCAACAAGAUCUGUGAAAAGAGAACGCCAUCAUGUCCAGUUUGCCAGACAGCUGUUACUCAGGCAAUCCAAAUUCACUCUUAACUAUAUAUAUAUACAUAAAUACUAUAUCUCUAUAUGGACUCGUAAAGGCAUGGGUAUAAUGGUACCCCCCAGUAAACUUCCUAAUGAAUUCUUAUGACUGUUAUCAGGCUUUAUUGGGAUUAGGCUAAAGUUGUUAGUAAACUUAUAAAAGGCUGCUAUGGUAACACUAAACCUAAGUGGUCUCUUGUCUAUUAGUUUGGUUUGAAUUAUUAAUACUAUCCUGUAGACCCAGAGACAUAGCUUGUAUAAGAAUUGUGAAAGCUGAAGUUCAACUCGGCUGAGUGAAGAUAAUCAUAGGUUGUAUGGGCCUAUGAGAAGUGUGUACUUGUAAGAUUUCAAAAUGAUGGGUCCCAAAGCCUCGCCACAUUACAGGUUUGUGGAGGGUACUCGGCAUUACCGAUGAUCCAGACACUUCCAGUGUUGCCUUCUUUACACUGCCAGUUUUGACAAAACAGGUUUGUUUGUUUUUUUAUUUUACAACAAUUUAUGCCUAAUCCUGCAGGAUUGCAAGUAACUUUUUAAUGCAUUGUGAUUACUUAAGUGGUAAGAUAUAGGGCCGAAGGCAGUUAACUAGAUCACUGGUUAUUAUUUGGGACAAAAACUGCUACAUUGACCUUCAUCUCGUCCAGAGUGCUCAAGGAUAGUGUGAUCA